AUGCUAGCCUACUCUGUAACAACCUCUGGCCUGUUUCCCAGAAUGCUCUGGGCCCUCCUUCUACUGGCGGCCUCCCUGAAUGCCUAUAAUGACGUCUGGGACAACCCUCAUUGCACUGCACGUGAGGUGUCUGUAGACAGAGGCAGCCGUGUGGUGAUGGCCUGUAACAUCUCCAACAACCUCAGAGACGUCACCAUUAAGUUGACUACCAGUGGAAAGACUAUCAUCAUCUUCAAUCAAAUGCCUUCAGGAAACUACUCUAAGGAUUCAUGGCAGCUUUAUAUUCAAGGAGGCCAGGCCCAGCUGGUGAUCAUGGAUGCUCAGGGCAAACACUCAGGGGAGUACUGUUGGAAGCUGCGUGGAUUCCAGGCAGAGUUCAAAAACUUCAACCUGACUGUUAAUGUCACUGACAGACAGAAGCCAGAGGACUUGCCAAUCCUUGCAGUCCAUGAGGACUUGCCAGUCCCUUCAGACCAUGAUAAGCACCGAACUGCAGUUAUCGUCAACAUCAUCAUCGCUACCACCUUCAUCAUCACAGGAAUCAGUGUGUUUGCUUGGAACAAGCAGCUCUCUGUAGCUCCACAGAGACAAAUGUCAGUACCUGGUCUGACUCAUGGGUCUCCUGGUAUCUCCUACCUGAUACUGUCCCCCUAA